AUGUACGACGAUAUAACGAAUAUAAAUAAACUCCGGAAUACUGUGGAAACGAAACGUUACAACCAAUAUUAUGAGAAAUUGUGCAAAACAAUUACAACUGUAUUACAUAAGCAUGAUGAAAAAUAUAUUGAGUUUUGUAAAAAACUUGUAAAAAAUUAUAAAAUAUUUUGCAACACAUCAUAUAAAUGCAAAAAUAUAUCUGAUUAUUGUCACGAUGUAAACAACUGGAUAUAUAUUACCAUGAAAAAAGAAAAAUUUGAAAAUUGGCUUGUCCAAAAAAUAUACGAAGGUAUUGAAUCGUUUGCGAAAAGACAACUAAAUAAAACUAUAUGUCCAUAUUAUUCAUAUGACACAGAUUAUAGAGAACCGAAUAAAAUGAUAUUUUUAUAUAUGUUUGAAUCUAAUAUAAAUAAAAUGAAGGAAAUAUUAGAAUCUACUGAUAAUACAUUAAAUUGCUACUGCAAAGAAUUUGUUAAGAACAUGGUAAAAAUAUAUAAAAGAAUGAAUAAAGACUAUUGCAUUAACGGAAAGGAUGCAAUGAAAGAAAAUAAAAAAACUUGUUCUAUACUAAAUACUUUUAGGACAUUGUACACAAUGUACCUGUGUAAGGAGGAUCCUAUUAAAAGUAUAUUACCAUUAUUAACAUCUGACGCAGAUAUAGAAUUCGUCAAAUGUGAAACAAAUGGAAGCAUUAUGCCCUCACAAAUAACUAGUGAAUCAUCACACUUAGGAUCAGAUGACCAAAGUGAACCAUUCCAAGAUUUAUCCGAUGAAGAAAUACAAGCAAUAGAAAAUUUUGAUCCUUUUACUUUAAAAGUAUCCAUAAAAAAAAUUUUACCCACAUUUCUUGCAACCGUUGCUGGAAUAUCUUCCCUUUUUUUCUUAUUUUACAAGUUCACUCCAAUUCGUCACUUACUUCGUUCAAAAAAAAAAGUAGAAAGCAUAAAAAAUAUGCAUGAUAGAGAUAACUAUAAAGAAUUAUUAUAUAACACGGUUGGUAACGAUAAUAUGUAUUUAUAUAAUAUGAGAUAUGACAUAGCAUAUGGAAAUAUAUAG